CGUAUGCAGAAUCACCGGGCCACCAUUCGAUUUCAUCGUCCAACCUCAUCGGAGGGAUUCUUCUUAUUUCUCUCUCUUUUAAAAUUUUAUUCUUUUGGAAUUAAACAUAAAAAGAAAAGAGAAAAGGACCCAAGAGAAAAACCCACCUCGCUCUCGCCAUUCUGCUCCUUCCUAAGUGCCUUCUUACGCCAUAAAUUUUCUCUUUUUUUUUUUUUUUUUUUUGUAUUUGCUUAUAAAAGUUGUCCGAUUUCGGAAUCUUGGAGGGCUUUGCUUUGCGGGGUCGUUGUUGUUUUUGGAUUUAUUGUGGUGGGUAUAAUAAAAAUUUGGGGAUCGUAUGUGAGAUUCUACGGAAGUGGAGGUUUUUUUUUGUUGGCUUUUUUUUAGCCUUUUGGAAUUAUAAUUAAUAAUUGCGAUUGGUGUAUAAAUUUGAGUGGAGAAAUGGGAAAUGUGAAUGGGAGAGAUGAUGCAUCUCCUGGCGCGGUUGAUGAAGAAGAAGGAAGCAUCAGCAACGGCGUGCAGGAGGAGGAGGAAGGCGGCAUGGAUGCCAUCCAUGCGCCUCCUGAAUUGAUGGGUCAGUCUCCUCCUCAUAGCCCCAGGGCUACCCACUCUCCUUUGAUGUUCACUCCUCAGGUCCCUGUGGUACCUUUACAAAGGCCUGGUGAGAUGUACAGUCCUAACAAUUCAUGGAUGCAUACUGCUGGAGGGUAUGAAGACAUGUGCAAUGAGCAAGCAAUUCCAACUAUGAUCACUUGGAGCUAUGGUGGCAAAGAAGUGGCUGUAGAGGGAUCUUGGGACAAUUGGAAGAUAAGAGUGCCCUUGCAGAGGUCGGGGAAGGACUACACUAUUAUGAAGGUACUGCCAUCAGGUGUUUACCAAUACAGGUUUAUUGUUGAUGGACAGUGGAGGUACGCACCUGACUUGCCAUGGGCGCAGGAUGAUGUUGGCAAUGCAUACAAUCUAUUGGAUUUGAAGGACUAUGUACCAGAAGACCUGGGAAGCAUAUCUAGUUUUGAACCUCCUCAGUCUCCAGAAGCUAGCUAUAACAGUCUGCAACUUGGAUCUGAGGAUUUCGCAAAGGAGCCACCACUGGUUCCUCCACACUUACAGACGACACUGCUCAAUGUGCCAGCUUCCUGCAUGGAAAUCCCAUCUCCAUUGCCACGACCCCAACAUGUAGUGCUUAAUCAUCUGUACAUGCAAAAGGGGAAGAAUAGCCCCUCUGUGGUGGCACUCGGUUCAACACAUCGAUUUCGAGCCAAGUAUGUGACAGUGGUCCUCUACAAGUCCUUGAACAGUUGAUAAUUUACCGUUUAUGGAGAAGAUGAUCCUCUUUUUCUUUUUCUUUUUUUCGUGUAGUUAGUUGUUAAAAGAGGUAAAUGCCACGCCUAUGCCCAUGGCUCUUGUAUGCUUUAGGAAGGCACCUAAAAAACUCAGAGAGAUUAUGUUCCGGUUAUUGCAAAUGCUUGACAUUGAUUCUAAGGUUACCUACAUUUUCUGGAAGAUAGAAGAAUUCAUAAGAAAAGUGAAGGAAGAAGAUCAGGAUUGAAGCUCAUA